AUGGAGCCUGCAUUUGGGGUUUUGCUGGGUUUGAUUCUGGUGGCAGCUUCAUCAGCGCAGAGCAACUGUACCUGUGCUACCAACAAGUGGAUGGUAUGUGCCCAGGACGCGGCUGGGAACUGCACCUGCACACUGGUAGGUUCAAAUCACAAGGUAGACUGUUCAACGCUGACUUCAAAAUGCUUGCUGAUGAAGGCAGAAACGAUCUCCCUGAAGGAGAAGCACUUCUGGGGCAAUCCCAGUGCGCUGUUAGAUAACCAUGGCAUUUACAAUCCAGACUGUGAGGACAGUGGUGUCUGCAAAGCCAGGCAGUGCAAUCAAACCAAUACUUGCUGGUGUGUGAACACGGCUGGAGUGAGAAGAACCGACAAGGAUGACCAAAGCCUGCGUUGCAGUGAGCUGGUUAGAACAAGCUGGAUCUACAUUGAACUGAAGCACAAAAGAAGCUCCAGAGCCUUCAGUGUUCCCGACAUGGCAAGGCCCUGAAAGCUGCUUGAGAGCCGAUACAAGCUGCACCCCAAGUACAUCGCAGUCAUUCAGUAUCACUCCCCGCUCAUCCAAAUCCGCCUGUACCAGAACGGCCCUCGGAAAUCCAACGGUGAUGUAGAUGUAGCUGAUGUCGCCUAGUAUGAAAAAGAUAUAAAAAAUGAUUCCCUGUUUCAUUCUAACAGUACAUUAACUGUCUCUGUCAAGGGAGAUGCUCUGGAGAUUGAAAAACUACGGAUUUACUCUCUGGAUGAUAAGCCACCAGAGUUCUCUGUUAGACAACUGGCUGCUGACGUUAGUGGUAGGCUGACAAUCACAGUACUGACUGCUGGCUUUGGCAUCAUCGUGCUGGUUAUGCUGAGGGGGCUGCGAAGAAGAAAAUAUAAGAAAGCUAAGACUGAUGAAAUGGGUGAAAUCAGAGCAUCAAGCUUAGCACUGCCCUGA